AUUUCCUUUCUUUGUUUCAGAAGAAAAAAAAGUCCUAUUCAAAGCCACAAACCCCAAAGCCUACGUCAAAAUGCACGCGAAAACGGACUCGGAGGCAACGAGUCUCGACGCCUCGUGGCCGCCGCGAUCCCCCAGACGGCCGGUCUACUACGUGCAGAGCCCUUCAAACCACGAUGUCGAGAAAACGUCAUACGAGUCGAGCCCCACAGGGUCCCCAGCGCACCAUUACUCCCAGUGCUCGCCCGUUCACCAUUCCAGGGAAUCCUCCACGUCGAGGUUCUCGGCGUCCCUCAAGAAUCCCAGAAACCUCUCUGCCUGCAAACACGUACAGCUCCGUCACGAGGGGGAGGACGACGACGAAGAAGUGGAUGGUCAUGAUGACGGCCGCGGCAAAGUCAGGCUAGCUUACAAGCCUGAAAUCUCAGUGGAGAACAUGGUAUUCGAGAACUUCUACGUGCAGGCUGGUAGUGAUCAAUCAGGAGUGCCAACAGACAUGCUGUCGUUGAAUUCAACGGUCAAGAUUUCAUUCACAAACCCAGCUACCUUCUUUACCUUCCACGUCACGGCCACUCCAUGGGAACUUAGCUAUUUCCAGCUCAAGGUAGCCUCUGGACAGAUGAAUAAGUUCACACAAUCAAGGAAGAGUAAGAGGACUUUAGUAACAGUAGUGUCUGGGCAUCAAGUGCCAUUAUAUGGAGGGAUACCAGUUCUUACGGAUGCGUUUGCGCACCAGAAUAGUGUAUCAGUCCCAUUGAACCUGACAUUUACGAUGAGAUCAAGAGCCUACAUUUUGGGCAAACUUGUGAAAACCAAAUUCUACAGGCGAAUCAGGUGUUCGGUUGCUUUGAGAGGCGACAUGCUCGGGAAGCCACUUAGUCUGACAAAUUCAUGUACUUAUCAGUGAAUGUGAAUGUUCAUAAUGCUCUCUUUUUGGGAAAAUAAUAUUGUUUUGUAAUUGCUUUUGAAGAAAUCAGCAAUUUUGUU